AUGAGGGACUUGUACACGAUUCUUCCCUUCCUGCUCAGCCUUACGAGGAAUGUCGCCGGACACUCGACGCUUCGAGCUGAUAUUUGCGACGCGAAUACAAAUGCCAAUUACCAUGAAGAUGCUGGUGUACUCCAGUACGCCAACCCUUUGAUUGGAACAAAUGGCCCCUCCCCGAAUAGUAAUGGCGGGAUGAUUCCCUCGGUCGCGCCUCCGUUCGCCAUGACUCGUUGGACACCUCAAACACGAGAGAACUUCAUUUCGCAGUGUCCAUAUGGCGAGGGCGACGGUCUUAUCCACGGAUUUCAAGCGACACAUCAGCCGGCUAUAUGGAUGGGUGAGGCAGGCCAGGUGGUUCUAACCCCUGGAAUGGGCGAUGUACAAACUUCGUUUGUGAACCGUGGACUGGCUUUCCAGAAGAAGGACGAAACGAGCACCCCUUAUGUUUAUGAAGUGCUUCUUGAUGCGACUCAGCUCUUGAAUCGGGACUUCAAUGCUACAGCUGAUUAUGCCCAUGACGGACCAGAUCCAGGUGGUGCUGGUGCUGUGCCUGAGAAUGUUGAAGAGGGCGCAAACGGUCGAACAAGGAAACGGAGUGAAACGCAGAUAGGAAUUGCUUCUGAAUCUAUGGGGCAAGACGGUACAUAUACAAAGUCUAUUCAGGUUGCUUUAUCCGCCGGUGCUCAUGCAGGACAUCUUCGAUUUGAUUAUCAGGACUGCAGUGAUUCUGCAAUGGAUGAAAGGGCAGAACCUUGGGUUUUCAUUGAGGUUUCUCGCCAGAACUGGACGGGGGAAGCCAACAUAGAUACUGAGGCUAGGGAGGUAUACGGCUAUAACACGGAAAGACAAGAUUAUCUACUCGGGCCAGACCAUGCCGAAUCAUUCAAGGGAUACUUCGUUUCUCGAUUCUCUCAGCCAUUCGCGAGUUCGGGCGUUACCAACGGAAAUACCACAAUUGAAAAUUUCCAUUCCCGUACCGGCAAAUCUACAGGUGCCUUUGUCAAAUUCCACUCAAAUGUGACUACCGUCGAAGUUCGAACUGGCAUUUCUUAUGUCAGUGUGGAACAGGCACGUCGCAACCUGGACAUCGAGACCCCAGAUGGCUCAUCGUUUGAACGCACCGUGAGAGAUGUGAAGGAAGCAUGGCUCGAAAAACUAGACCGAGUCACCAUCGAAGGUGCCAACCAGACUGACUCCGAUCACGACCCUCGUACAAUCUUUUACACAGCUCUCUACCAUGCCUUGCAAUACCCCAGUGACUUCUCUGAGCCCGUCUCAGUCGAUGGAAAACAACGCACGUUUUACUCCGGAUAUACAGACAGCGUACAUACCGCAGAGGAUUCUUACUACCAAUCCUGGUCUAUCUGGGAUACCUACCGAGCGGAAAGUUCACUACUUACGCUCUUUGCGCCAGAGCGAGUAAACAGCAUGAUGCGUUCAUUGCUUCGAAUUUUUGAUUGGAGCGGCUGGCUACCAAUGUGGGCCAAUAUGAUCGAGACGAACAUCAUGAUUGCGACAAAUGCCGAUGUCGUACUAGCCAAUGCACUGGUGCGAGGUUUCCGAGGCUUCGAUAUUGGCAAGGCCUGGACUGCUGUGAAGAAAGACGCUUACACGCCCCCAGAGCGAGACACGGAGACUCUUUACUACGACCGGGAACCGAAUACUUCAUACGAAGUGCGCGCAGGACUAACGGCAUAUAUGAAGCAAGGAUGGGUCUCAAAUGAUGGCUGGUCAGAAGCUGGAAGUCGGACUUUAGAUUAUGCAUUCGACGACUAUGCUUGCUCUAUUGUGGGCGCUCAUGCUGGCGCAGAAAAUGCCUCGAUCGAAGCGCUUCGCUCCCGAAGCGGUAACUAUGCAAAGAUCUGGAACAACGAGACUCAAUUCAUGCAAGCCCGGAACGGAAACGGAAGCUGGGCAAAUAAUACAUGGGGCUGGACAGAAGGAGAUGACUGGGUCUAUACUUUCGAUGUUCUCCACGACGUAGAGGGUCUAGCCAAUCUUUUCGGUAGCCGGGAAGCCAUGCGCGAUAAACUGGACGUCUAUUUCCAGGGUGGACACAAUGACCAGACUAAUGAGCCGAGUCAUCAUGUUCCGUACCUCUACUCGGUUCUCGGAUACCCCGAUAGAGCAGCAGAGACAAUCCCCGGUAUAGCUUGGUCGAAUUACAAUGCUACAAGCAGUGGACUUAGCGGAAACGAUGACCUUGGUCAAACGAGUGCCUGGUAUAUUUUCUCGGCUCUUGGAUUCUACCCGGUUAACCCAGCGGGCGAUCAGUAUGUUGUUGGGACACCAUUCUUUGAAAAGACUACAAUCCGUUUCUCACCUGAGGCUGCCCCGGGUGGCCGCGUCAAAGACCUUAUCAUUAGUGCCCCGGGCGCACCUACCAAGCCAUACAUAAAGAGCUUGAAAAUUGGAGGCAAGAAGGUUGACUUCCCGGUUUUGACGCAUAGUGAUAUUGUUAGCGCGGGAAGCAUUGAGUUUGAAAUGAGUGAGAACCCCACUGCAUGGGGAAGAGUCCCUACAUGGGAAGUGUGA